UGUUCAGGAACAUGGGAACAUGUUGAUAUUAUUAUUAUUAUCUUUUAUUCAUUAGACAUGAACCUCAGUCAACUGAACAUUCAAAUUGGCUGGCACUGAUGGUUGACACGGGUUGCUACCAGCAUCCUAGUUCAGGACGCUUCCUGUUGACUGGAGUCAUAAAUACCCCCCAGCAGCUGCUUUUGCAGCAUUUUAGGAAAGAAAAGAAAAAAGCAGAAUAAAGAAAAACAUCAGAAAAGAGACAGAUGCGGACCACCCUUCUCGUCUGCAUCGGCCUUUUGCUUCCCAUCUAUCUGUUGCACAGAUGUGAUGCUGAAACGGAAAUCUGCCCGCCGGGAUGGAUGACCUCCAGGGGAGCAUGCUAUUCAAUCUUCUGCGAGAAGCGGACGUGGGCAGAGGCAGAGAAAGACUGCCGUAAGCACGGUACGCGUGCCCACCUGGCCUCCAUUCUUGAUGAAAAGGAAACAACAGCCGUGUCCGACUACAUUGUUUCAUUGCUAAUUAAGAACUUGGGACCCGUUUGGAUCGGAAUGUUUUACAAGGGAAAGAACUGGCCCCAGGAAGAUUGGUGGUGGAUAGACGCCUACAAAGUUGUUUACCACAACUGGGCCCAAGCGUUACCUGAAGUGUCGGAAAACAAGAAGUACUGCAUCUACUUAAUGGGAAACGAAUAUAAAUACUGGAAAGACACGGACUGCAAACAAAGAUUCGGUUACAUUUGCAAGUAUGAGCUCAAGUAUCAACGGCGUUGAUCCAUCUUGGCGUUCCUCCGAUCAUGUAGGUUUCAGAAGCAUCGAUCAAGACGGAGUGGGACAGCUCGCCACGGCCAACGUGCUGUGGACAAUUCAACAAUUCGGUUCAAUUAUUUAAAUAAUAAUACUAGUAAUAAAUAUUUCAAUUUUUAUCA